UGUUCAGUCUGUCUCAUAGUCAAUGCUCUGCAAAAUAGAAAAUUAUGAUAAUUUUGGAAUUGAUUCAUUGGAUUUCUUAAUCGUCUAGAAACUAAUCCUAGCUGAAUUUAAUCAGUCCCUUUGGCUUUUGGGUAUUUGUUUCCMAUUAUCCCUCCUUUUCGGCUUGGGGACUUUAGUGUGGAUUUGAUUAAGAUUAUGUGUAAGGAUUUUGGUGGAGAUUUGUUUUCCUAUUAAUUGAUUGUACAAUUUUUCUCAUCUAAAGUGAUGCAAACUUGAUUUGGGCAAACAGCCUAAUGGUAAACUAUCAGUCUGUGUCUACCACAUCUUACAAAAUCAUUUAUCCCCUUCGAACCUUUCCGUUUUCUGUCUGAUAAUGAUCAUAAACUUUAUUGUACUUUAUUGGAAGUUUUAUGCUUCAUGAAACAAGCGUCACAAGAUAUAUUAUUUGCUAGACAGUUUGGAUGCACGACACUUAAAUGACCAAAUAAUACUUAUUGUWUUUGAGUAAUUGUUUGUGAUAUUACAUACAGUAAUGAGAUAUGGAAUGAGAAAUUUGUAAUGUGUUGUGCAAACCUACCAAGGCAUGACCAUCUACCUAACCAAAGGUUGGACAAAGGCAGUAUGAAUUAGAUAGAUUCUUGAGGGUAAGUCCCUCUUUGCUUCAAAACACCUAAAAUGAUAAAUUAGUUUAAACUAAAAUCCAAUUUAAAUUGUGUUUCAAGAAAAUUGUUGUUCAAAGUGGCUCUCCUAUAAGCUUAUCUUAACUUUAACUGUUUCCGAGACAAAAUUAGAACAUAUUUCCAUCUCCAACUGUGGAAAACUGAUAGAGACAUCUCUAAAAGACUAGACAUYUGGAAUCUAUACUUUCCAGACGUAUUUUGCCAAAUUACUUGUAAAUUAGUAAAAACUAUUCAUGCUUUAUGUUUUACUUUACAGUUAGUUGCACGGUUGUUUUGGUCAACAAAGUUUACAUGGGUAUGGAUASUUUUUCAGGGCACUGUAGUUUAAUACUGGUAUUUCCUCUAAAUAGGAAGUGUCUCUACUUUCCUUCUGAGAAUGAUUGAUUGGAAAAAAAGGAUGUACAAAAUAACAGCAGUCUUUAUCAGCACUCCACGUGCUGCUAUGUCCUCUAAAGCUUCUGUAAAGCAGAACCAGCAAGCAGAAAGUAUGUAUGGCUUAAUUUUCAUAGAGAAAUAGUCAGUGUAGCAGUAAUGCCUGUUCACAUUAAGCAGGCUUCACUCACAGAAGCUCAGCUCUUAGGCGUGUUGCUUCCCGCCCAUUGGUUCCCGCCCAUUGCUUCAGGAUCCUCCCCACCCUCUGCCGUUUUAUGGGCUUUCGUAAUACCAAGCAUUACUGAAGUCUCCACUGUAGGGACUGGCUGUCCUUAUGGUUAGUCUGCUUAAUACAAACGGAAAUAGGAUCGCCCUGUCUCCACCACUCCCCGUACCGGAGCAGAAGAGGCUGGCCAUUCAUCACGGCUUCACUGGUGUCCAUACUGCUCAUCAACCAGAGCCAGCAUGCAGGAAGAGUCUAAUCAAAGAAGAAUGACCAUGGACUUUUCCCAGCUGCACACAUACACACCUCCACAAUGUGCUCCAGAGAACACCGGCUAUACGUACUCUCUCAGUUCAAGCUACUCAACUGCAGCAUUAGAGUUUGAGAAAGAGCACCAGAUUUCUCCUGUGUACGAGUCGCCCAAGAUGUUACGGCGGAGCCUCCGUCUGCAGAACAGCGGCAGUCAUUACAACACCGAGAGUGUAACUGAUCACUCCCUGAACCAUGGCAGCAGUUACAUCGACACCAGGAAAGAGACGCGGACGCCGCGAAACAGAAAGCAGAAGUCCACAUCCAGCUCUGUGUCUUUAUCCCUGAGCCAAAUAUCAACACCGAGACAAAUCCUGUCCUUCUCUGCUGCCAGUACCCCGAUUGACAGAACAAGUCACGAAAACGUCACAACGUAUGACGUCUCGCGGCUCKCGUCAGCUCAAGAGCAGUAUCACCURAGGCAGCGCAGAGGAACCGCCAUCAGAUCUGCAACUACUGUGGAUGGACAGUGGGAGCAACACUCCAGCCAGAGCUCAUCAAACAUCAACGGAGAAGCCAGCUUUUCGACGUCCAACGCUUCGUCCCCUAAUGGUUACAUUUGCAAAGAUUGCUCGUUUCACUCUCAGCAAAGUGACUCCCGUGUGACGCGRUCAUCAUUGAAAUCGCUAUCAUCCUCAUCAUCGUUAUCCUGCCAAGCAGCAGAACUUUCCACCGAUGGCCUCACCUCCGUAGCUUCACCUUACACAAAUAUUUAUACCAGAGACAGGAGUCGAAGGAACAAGUCGGGUGUCCUGAAGUCAAUAUCUAACUCAUGUGUGCGCUACAGCAAAAAAGCCCUGUCCCCCAUUGUGUCCUUAGUCUCCGUUGUCUACAGCAGUUUGGUCUGGCUGGGUACAAGAACCACGAGCUCAGCAGAAAAAGGGGUGUCAAUGGAUGUGUCAACAGGAGUCCGAACCUCGUACUCAGACUUGUACUCAGGCUCCUUGACACAAGUGUGGCCCUCGAGUUUGUCCAAACUUUGGCUGUUUAAGCAGACCACUCGCCAAAGGAUGAUGGGCUCCAAAGGUCAUGGCUUUGAAGAACAAGGCCACUCAAGUUUCUGUGGAAGCAUGAAUGUGAARGACCUGGUCACUGGAGAAACAUCACAUCUUAGCCUCAAUGGCUCCCUGUGUGACGACUGUAAAGGAAAGCAGUACUCUGAGUCUCGCACUGUCGCCGUUACACCAGUCCCCAAGUCACAGCGCUUGGUGGGGGCGCUGUGGAGCAUCCUAGCUUACACAGGUUCCUGUCUGCUGCUGCCUGGUCGCCAUGUGCUUGCUGGAGGUAAAGCUUUAGGUUCAGGAAUCAUCACAGGGACACAAAGCCUUCUCUCAUGCGUCUGGGCCAUCCUAGCAGCCCCAGUAAACGCAGGAAAGGGACUGAUGUGGUUUCUUGCAAGAGGAUGGUACCAACUGGUGUCUCUCAUGUCUCUCGCCAACGUCUUCUUUCUAACUCAAUGCCUUCCCAAACUCUGGAAGCUCCUGUUGCCUCUUUUGCUUUUCUUACUACUUCUGCUUUUAUGGUGGUGGUGGCCCCCGUUCACCGGUGCCCUGCUUACCUACUUUCCAGCCAUGAACCUCACAGAGUGGAGCUCUACAUCUAGGUUUGGCUUCUUCUCUAACUUGGCUGCUGUUCCCGCUGCUGUCCCUGCAACAGAGACUCCCAUGGAGCAGGCUCAUAACACUCCCGUCUCCCAAGCAACACCGAUCUUCCCCUCAGACGCCAUCCACAGUGGCGUGGAUCUGCACCGCCUCGAAGUUGUUGAGCGACAGCUGGCGGCGUUGUGGGAGAAAGUCCAGAUGGGAAACCAGAAGCAGGAUCAGCGUCACAGCAAUGUUCUCAGUCUCUACAGCUCACUGAAAGAGCAGGUCCACAGUCAGAACGAAAGGGAGAGCUUAGAAGCCUGGGUGUCCUCUAUGAUGGAGCAGCGACUGGGUGUGAUGCGAGGAGUACUGCAGCGCGAGAACUUAAACUUAGCACAGAGUUCAGAGCAGCAGAAACUGCAACAGGAAAGUCAGGCAGCACAUCUGGCUAAUUUAGAGCUUCUGCUCAGAACUUUGACAACCAAGACUGAGGAGAUGCAGCAGAAGCAACAGCAGUUUGAGGAUGAGGCGAAGCAACGGGAGAAAGCGGCUUCUAAGGCGGCUGCAGACACAGCUCCUGUCAGUGUGGAUGUGAAGCAGGAGGACCAUAACUCUCUAUUGCUGGAGAUGCAGAGACUUGAGGCAGAGCUGAGUAAAAUCAGAGGAGACCUGCAGGGUUUCGCAGGAUGUAAGGGCAAAUGCGAGCAGCUGAACACUCUGCAGCAGACUAUAUCUGGUCAAGUGUCCUCGCAGUUGCGGAAGGAGCUGAAAAAUCUGUUCUUCGGCAGCGAUGAAUCAGCGGACCAGCAGCAGGGUGAGAUCCCCGAGUCGCUGAUCCAAUGGCUGUCGCAGCGUUACGUGAGCACGCCCGACCUGCAGGCGGCGCUGGCCUCCAUCGAGAUGAGCAUCCUGAAAAACAUUUCGCUUCAACUGGAGCACAGUCGAGCCCAGGUUCUGGGCGAGGCAGAGUCCAGAGCCAGAAGCGUCUUUGAGACAGUAAGAGGGACGGUCCGGCACACUUCUACAACUGAGGGCCUGUCUGAAGAGGACGUGAAUCUGAUUGUUCAGAAUGCCCUGAAGCUCUACUCUCAGGACCGGACGGGUCAGGUGGACUACGCCCUGGAGUCUGGAGGUGGUAGCAUCCUUAGCACCCGCUGCUCCGAGACUUAUGAGACAAAGACAGCCCUCAUGAGUCUGUUCGGCCUUCCACUCUGGUACUUCUCCCAGUCUCCACGUGUUGUAAUCCAGCCGGAUGUGUAUCCUGGCAACUGCUGGGCAUUUAAAGGCUCUCAAGGUUAUCUGGUGAUCAGGCUCUCCCUGAGGAUUCGUCCAACAUCCUUCGGUGUGGAGCACAUCCCUAAGACGCUUUCUCCAACAGGAAACAUCGCCAGUGCUCCUCGCAACUUCACUGUCUUUGGUCUCGAUGAUGAGUACCAAGAAGAGGGAACGCUGCUGGGGCACUACACAUACGAGGAAGAUGGUGGUUCUUUGCAGAUCUUCCCCGUUAAGGAGAAAAACGACAAGGUGUUCCAGAUCGUAGAGGUUCGGGUUCUAUCUAACUGGGGUCACCCAGAAUACACCUGCUUAUAUCGCUUCAGGGUCCACGGAGAACCACUUCCCGAAUGAAGCAACCACCAAAAGACACACUAAUAAAUCAUCAUUUUACUCUGUCUGUAAAUAACUCUCACCAGCUUCUUUAAAACAAAGGACACCURAYAGUGUGGACAGUUUGGUGUGAAAGACAUGCAAACAGAGAGGUUGUGGAGUGUGAAAGCAAUGUGCCGAGUUGGAAGCAGGAAAGUAUGUUUAUGAAAUCYUGAAAGAGUCACUGGGAAGUUUUGUAUAUCUGGACUGUAAAGGAACGCAGAGAGGAGCGGAACCACGAAAGAAGCUAAAAGUCCCCUUUUCAUUGCACUGAGUUGCUCUCGAGGGUAGCAAGGCUUCCCUGAGCAGACAAAUCCAUCCACGCCUCUACGGGAAGGUGGACACCUUCACUGGGGCGGGAAUGACAGACUCAUCUCAACCACCUUUUCAAUCUGCAUCUGAUUUAGUUGAGUUAUUUUCUCUUUUUUUAAUCUUUCUUAAUGGAAUCUGCUAUUUUUAGGAACAAGACCACUCUGUCUUUGCCAGAUAUGCCACUCCUUUAGUURCUGCAGCUAAACCGAGAAGUCCGCAGAUGGGUUCCGAAUKCUUUCCCAUAGCCAUAAGACUUGUUUUUAAAGAACUGAACAUGCUGCCUAUGAACAAGUUCUGAAUGUUUGAUCAAGUUCAGGCUCAACGCAAGUUUCCUUUAAUCACACAGCAACUCUAUAAAACACCGACCUCUGUGCGAUGCAACCCUUAGGAGGCUCCUUACUACGUUAWAUAUAGGAAAUCAUGCCAACAUGUGGCUCCUCCUUUGAAACAUACACUGAUUUUACAUCCAUCAUGUACAAUGCCUUGCAAAAGCAUUCUUAUUUAUUUAUUUUUUACAUUUUAUCACAUUACUACCACAAACUCCAGGGAGUUUUUUGGGGGGUGGGAUUUUAGCUGAUAGACCAAGACAAAAGUAUAUUAUGGUGAAGUAGAAAAAAUAUAUAGUCUUCACAUUUUUUUACAAAAAACUCCAAAAGUAAAGCGUGGUGGGUUGGUUGCACAGGAUUUUGUGU